GGGAAGUAAAUAACCUAGUUACACGUCACCUGACUGUAUACAUGUAUAAGACCUGCACCUAAAAGAUUAAAGGUAAACUCUAAUAACGAUGAAGAAAUAUGGAGUCGCUUCGUAUGAGCAUUUUGACCCUGAUGAUAGCAGUGAAUCUUGGUUUAUGCGUCGUGAUGACUGACUUCUAUGACAACUCAUGUCCAGAGAGAUGUACGUGCUUAGUUGAAAAGAACAAGUUGUUUCAAAUACGGUGUCGGGAAGGAUUUAGCACAAACGAGCUGGAAAGAUUAUUUUAUAAUCUGAAAGACAAUAUUACUCAACUUAGGUUCACUAGUAGUCAAUUGAGAGAAAUUCCGAAAUCAGUGUGUAUAUUAAGGAAGUUAGUCGUUCUUGAUUUAUCACAAAACCACAUCAGUGAUAUAAAAAAUACGUCGAUUGGUUGCCUCAGCACUCUCUCGGUGUUAAACUUAACAAAUAAUAGAAUCAAAAAGCUGGUGAAUAAUACAUUUAGUGGACUUACAACAUUGAAAGAACUUUACAUAGGGCACAAUAGUAUACAGAGAAUUGAUGUAUUUGCAUUCAACAAGGAUCUUGAAAGCCUCUCGCUUAUUGACCUGAAUCAUAAUAAACUUGAAGAGUUCGACCCUUGGGUAUUUAGGUUGCCCAAUGCUAGAGAUCCGAAUCGAUGUAUUACGCUCAACGUCUCUUAUAACGACUUGCAAAGGUUCACGAACAAAAUCAACUGGAGCAUAGCUGAAGAACGGUCGCCAUGGGGAGAUUGUGUAAAAAUCGAUUUUCAGUUUAAUAGUUUUGGACGCAUCCAAACAUUUCAGGACAUGGUGAAAAUGUAUCACUUUACUAGUGUGCUUGAAUUAAUGAAAUUAAUAGAUAUGCGCUUUUACUUUGGAAACAAGUUUUACUGUGAUUGUGAUAUGUUUGAAGUCGUACAUUAUUUGAAAAAUGUUGUACAUGGAAUUCAAAUCGACGUAUCAAUAAACUGUUUUUACCCCAAAGCCCUACGUGGAGUCGACAUAUUUCACGCUGAAGAGGACAAAUUCCAGUGUGAGGUCAAAACGGAUUGUCCCGCGAAUUGUCAUUGUAUCAGACGUCCCGCUAAUGAUACAAUUGUUGUUAAAUGUGACCGACUCAGUGAACUUCCAGACAAUGUUCCUAGCGGACAUCAUAUUGAACUUCGAUUGGCAAACAACGCGAUCCAAUCCCCGACCUCAUCUAAAGCGUAUCUGCGGAAUGUCACAGUUUUUGAUGUCACUAAUAACAACAUGAUUUCCAUUGAUGGAACUUUGAUUCAAAUACUGACACAAACACCACAAACAUCAAUUCUGCUUGAAUCAAACAAUCUGACGUAUUUACCAAAGAAAGAAUGGCAACGUUUGAAUGUAACAAAUCUAGAAGAAUUGACACUCAGUAAAAAUCUAUUAAGAUGCGAUUGCCAUAGCCUUUGGCUGAAAUAUUGGUUGCAAAAGAAUGGACGGAUUGUUCCAGAUGCCAAUGCUAUCCAAUGUCACAACCAGUAUCUAUUGGGGAGGUCAUUGAAAGAUGUGGCCGAUUCCGAUUUCGUUUGUGUAAACUGGAUAUUUGUCUUCAUUCAGAUUGGCGUCGUGAAUUUGUUAGUGCUCAUCGGAUUUGUUGGUGUCGUUUUUGUGAUAAUAGAUGAUAAGCGAAAGACCCCAAUUCAAGUUGAUUACGACUUGCGUUUACAAUUCGAUGUUUUUAUAUCAUUUUCUGAGAAGGAUAAGGACUGGGUGAAGAAAGAUUUGAUUGACCGGCUGAUGUACAAUGAGGCAGAAAAUGACGAGCAGGGGCACGAACCACGUCAUUGGUAUUACGUAGCGUUUGCAGAUAAAGACUUUGUGCACGGUUUGCAGAUCACCCAGAACAUUGCAAACUGUAUAUCGGAUAGUCGAGUCACCCUUUUGGUCCUUAGCAAGAACUUUCUACAGAGCAACUGGUGUAAGUACGAAUUCCGAACUGCCCACAAUAAUGCCCUCAGUCGGAAGGGGGUAAAGGUGAUCAUAAUUAAGUGUGAAGACUUGAAAGGUGUUCCCAUUGAUACGGAUCUUGCAAUGCAUCUCAAGUCUCACACAUUCUUAGAUAUACAUGAGCCAGAUUUCUAUCGUAAGCUAAAGAGGGUGUUGCCUGUGCCAUUGUACACUCGAUUACAAGAGGACGUUGAAGAUAUUAUUAUUUCUGAAACUAUGGUGAUAGAAGCGGAGAGUGAUGUUGAACAAAAUGAUGAUGAACUAGAACUGCAGGGGGCUGAACAAAAUAUUGGUGCACAAAUCAAUGAAAAUGACAAUGUGGUAGAGCAAGAAAUCGAGAGAGAAGAUUGGUUUUCACCACUUCAUGAUGAAUACAACCCUAGAAACUUGGUAUUGUUUCAAGCCCAUGGGAGUAGAAAUAAUCUUGAUUUACAUCAUUAAAUAUUCAAAAUUCAGUCAAAGUGAUAUCAUAUUUGAAAUCUACUUGUAGAAUUUCAUUCUGUAUAUACAUGUUGUAAUUUUUUAAAUUUAAACUAAUUUUCGUACUCAUCUUUAAGGUGGAAAUAAAGACACAUAAACAUCUACCAAUGUGGUUUCAAACAUUGUUUAUCAACUUUGAAAAUUUGAUUUGUGACUUCUAGAGAAGUCCCCAUGUUAUGAAAUCACAUAAUGUGAAAUAUUCUUUAAUUGGACAGAUGAUAUUUUGUUUUAUUGGAAAUAUUUCCAUUUGUUCCAUUUGGGAUUUUCUAGAGCUGCCAUGUUAACUGACCCGAAUUGGUCACCUGGUGGUGAAACUGGUAACUACCUACUCGCAUC